GCGGUGACAUUACCGUGCCAGUUGUAGUGGCUGUCGACGACUUCUGCACACUGCUUUCACUAAAGAACAGAUUAUAGAUUCACUGGACAGGAUGCUGCCCAGAUCAGUUCAUAGUGUAGUGACAGAGUUAUAGUAAUGUUGUAAAUGUCAGUUGCGCCGUAAGAGAAAAUAGAGAUACCCGGCGGUGGUUAGCUUGCUAGCUACAGUAGGUUGCGUAAAUCUACAGUACUGCACUAUUCUGGUACCUCGUUAACGUGGAUAACCCGGCAGUAAGCACGAUAAGGAUUUCUAUCUAGCAGACUCGGCUUUACACCUGAAAUUAGCAACACGGCAGGUUCCUCUGCCCUCCCUCCACCCCCUUCCGAACCCAGGGCAAAGGUCAGCAGCUUGAUGUCCCAGGGCUCGAUGGAAGGCGGGGGUCCAUCUCAACCCGCCCCCACCAUCACCGUGCAGCAUUUGUCAGACAGCCCCCCAGGAGGACAGUCGUCACUGGCGAUGGAUGAAGUCUCCCCGUCCUCCACGUCCUCCUUCGAGAUGAUUGACGUGGAGUCGGCCCCGCCCACAUACCAGAUGGUGCAGCCCCAUUGGUUCUACUGUCGCCGUGCCGAUGACAAAGACUCGUGGCUCCCCUUCAGCUUGGAGGACUCUGGGAAACUGGAGGAGUCCUUCGCUAAUGGAGGAGAGGCGGUGGUGGCGGUGGAGGGGGAGAGGUACGACGUGCGUGUGAAGGAGAGGAAGCGAUACGCCGUGUACUGGGAGCAGGCUCCCUCUGAGGUGCGGCGCUGCACCUGGUUCUACAAGGGAGACAAGGACAUCAAGUACCUCCCCUACCCUGAAGACUUCAGCAGCAGACUGGAGGAUGCGUAUAUGAUCGCAGUGACUCUGGACGAGUGGAAGAGGAAGCUGGAGUUCCCCACAGGAGAGACCGUCAUCCUGCACAACCCCAAGCUCAUCAUGCAGUACCAGCCAAUAGCAUUACAGGAGCAGUGGGCCUCCACCCCCUCGGAGCAGACACGCCCACGCACAGUCAAGAGGGGCGUGGAAAGCAUUGUGGUGGAGAUUCCGGAAGGUGAACCAGAAAAGAUAGAUCAUCUGGUGUUUAUGGUCCAUGGUAUCGGCCCAGCCUGUGACCUCCGCUUCAGAUCCAUCAUCCAGUGUGUGAAUGACUUCAGGAGCGCGUCACUGUCUCUGCUGGGCUCCCACUACAAGAGAGGCCAGGAGGAGGGCCUGGUGGGCAGGGUGGAGUUCCUGCCUGUCAACUGGCACAGCGCCCUGCACGGAGAUGCUACUGGGGUGGACGAGGACAUCCAGAAGAUCACCCUCCCCAGCAUCAGCAGACUGAGGCACUUCACCAACGACACCCUGCUGGACCUGUUCUUCUACAACAGCCCCACCUACUGCCAGACCAUCGUGGACACGGUGGCUGCCGAGGUCAACAGGCUGCAUGAGCUCUUCAGACAAAGACACCCCGGCUUCACCGGAGAGGUGUCUGUGGCCGGACACAGCCUGGGAUCACUCAUCCUGUUUGAUCUGCUGACCAAUCAGAGGACAGAACCAGGAAGAGCAGAGAAGGAGGAGGACCCCGCCUGUGACGACCCCUGCCCUCUGGCCUGUGACGCCCUGGAGCAGGCUCUCAUCCAGCUGGGCCUGCAGGAACACCUGGCCACGCUGCAGAGAGAACACCUGGACAUGGACUCACUGGCCCUGUGUCAGGAGAGUGACCUGAAGGAGCUGGGCAUUCCUCUGGGCCCUCGCAAGAAGAUCCUUACCUUCAUCAGGAGGAGGUGCCCUAUGGAGGAUGGUAGAUCAGGCACUGUACUUCUGGCCCCUGGACUCCAAGCCCCCUCUGAUGACCCCUCCCCCUCUGGCAACGAUCACCACGGUAACCCGUUUCUCUCGGCGACGGCACAGCAGCAGCGCGAGUACAUCAGGGCCCUGUCCACCACCAGUGCUGUGGACUACGAAUACUUCGACGUAGGCAUCGGACAGACCAACGGAAACAUAGCCAAGGGACAGGUAUCCAUUAACUACCCCCAGCUGGCUUUCCACCCCCAGACCUUCUUUGCGUUCGGUUCUCCCAUCGGCAUGUUCCUCACGGUGCGGGGCCUCAAACGCAUCGACCCCAACUACACCUUCCCCACCUGCAAGAGCUUCUACAACAUCUACCACCCAUUUGACCCGGUGGCCUACAGGAUAGAGCCCAUGAUCGUCUCAGAGGACGACCUGGAGCCCAUGCUCAUCCCCCACCACAAGGGGCGCAAGAGGAUGCACCUGGAGCUAAAGGACAGUCUGACUCGUAUGAGCACAGACCUGAAGAACAACGUUCUGGGCUCCUUGCGUACUGCCUGGCAGUCCUUCACCCGUCUCCCUGCGCCAGCACUCCCCCCUGUGGAGGCAGGAGGAACUACAGAAGAAAACGUUUUGUCGGAGGGUGUGCAUGAGGAGGUGGAGUCUCCCAUGUCUGGGGAGGAAGUGGAGGAGCGGCAGAUUAAGGUGGGGAUGUUGAACGGGGGGAGGAGGAUCGACUACGUGCUUCAGGAAAAACCCAUCGAGAGCUUCAAUGAAUACCUGUUUGCCAUCCAGUCUCACCUCUGCUACUGGGAGUCGGAGGACACAGCUCUCCUGCUGCUGAAGGAGAUCUACGACAAGCUGGGCGUGGCCUUCGAGCAGCCCCUGCUGUAAUAAACACAUCAAAGCCCCUCAGACCGUCGCCAUGGUGACAUGUUCUCGCAGUGUUAGCAGGGUUCACAGGAUUAAGAAUGCUUGACCUCACGGUCCUCAGGGUCCAGUCACACACCUGCUUCCUGAUCGCCAGUAAACCACCACCUCCUCCACCUCCUCAGACAAGAUGGCUGCCGACUCUGGUUCGGUGUUGAAGCUGUCCGUUCCGAACAGAAGAACGUCCUCCAGGGGCCCACGGGGCCUCACGUCUGAGCCAGAGACAGAGCUGAAGGGCUGGGCUCGGGUUGUGUGCUGCUAGGGUACAAAGGCAAGCCUCCAAAGCUUGGUGUCUGACCCGCGUUUCUAACCAUUACCAUGCUCUUUUAUCAGAACCUUUAGAAUCUGUUUUAUACCAGAUCAUAUCUUCUUGCUUUGUAUUGACUGUAUAUUCUAUAAUAAUCUAUUUAUCAACUGGUAAUUAUGCAGGGCCAUAACUGUUGAUGCGUGCGUGCGUGCGUGUGUGUGUGUGUGUGUGUGUGUGUGUGUGUGUGUGAGGUGCAUGUCUCCCGAAGGCCUCUAAUGUCAGUCUGCACUUGACUAUAAAAACUACAACUCCCAGGAUUCCAUUGCAAUAUGACACCUUAGUGGCAUCGCUAUUCUCUAACUGACACGGGAAAUGAAGUUUACCUUGCCUUUUGAUCUUGUUUUAUAUCUAUUUAUAUGACACUUGUGCAAAGUAGUUAAACUAUAGUAAAAAAGGUAUCAUGCGUCUUGAUGGUAUAAUAACUAUAAUAUAGAAAAAAAAAGACACAUAGAGCUUGAUAAUGAAUAUAGCUAUAUUUCUCGUGUGUGUGUCCCAGUUCAAGCCAGCCUACUGUCCUGCAAGAGGUCAGUGUGUGCCAACUCAGCCUUGUUCCUCUUGUUGGGAACAGAAGGGCACUGGAACAGAAACGUUCCCCAUCGUAUGGGCCAGUGUUCUGGGGUGUUUUGGUCCAGCUAACAAACUUGACCAUCCUUGCAUGAUUUUUAUAUGAGACUCCAUCAUGUACCCCUAUUACUACUUGCUGUACUGUUUGUACUUCUGUGGCUGAAUUGAAACACUUCCUGUUGUCUAAUUCACUCUGAUGUCACGUCCUGCCAGGUAGCCUGAAGGAUCAUUCUAAUGGCUCACAUGAUCAGACUCCCUCAUUAUCUUAUGUAACCAUGCUCUGCUGUCAUUACUGAUUACACCCAGCCCAUCUCACGCCUCUCCAGUCUCCUCCUCUCCUUCCUGCUUUCCUUCUGUUCUUCCUGUUUCCUACUGUCCUGCCUCCUCUUCUCAUAUCCUUCCUGCCUCCUCUCCUCACAUCCUUCCUGCCUCCUCUCCUCACAUCCUUCCUGCCUCCUCUCCUCACAUCCUUCCUGCCUCCUCUCCUCACAUCCUUCCUGCCUCCUCUCCUCACAUCCUUCCUGCCUCCUCUCCUCACAUCCUUCCUGCCUCC